CGAACAGCCCAUCACUAUCUCACGAUAUUAUACUUAUCUCGCGGGGCUAGUGGGUCCGGAAGUUACGCGUCAGUACGUUUAUCGCUGUGGUUCUAGCUGAGCAGUUUUUACGAAAUCCGAAUGGGUUUCAGACUUGAUAUUAAACAGAAGUUAAUAGCUCGGUCUGACCGAGUGAAGAGUGUCGACCUACAUCCAACAGAACCAUGGAUGUUAGCCAGUCUCUAUAAUGGCAGUGUGUGCGUGUGGAACCAUGAAACUCAGACACUUGUGAAGACCUUUCAGGUGUGUGACUUGCCUGUCAGAGCUUCGAAGUUUGUUGCUAGAAAGAACUGGGUCAUUACUGGAGCAGAUAAUAUGCAAAUUUGUGUAUUCAAUUACUACACUUUGGAGAGAGUACAUAUGUUUGAAGCACAUUCAGAUUAUAUCCGGUGUAUAGCUGUGCAUCCUAUACAACCCUACAUUCUGUCUAGCAGUGAUGAUAUGCUAAUCAAACUUUGGGACUGGGAGAAGAAAUGGUGUUGCAGUCAGGCUUUUGAGGGACACACUCAUUAUGUUAUGCAGAUUGUUAUUAAUCCCAAGGAUAACAACCAGUUCGCUAGUGCAUCCCUGGAUAGAACUAUUAAGGUUUGGCAGCUUGGCUCCUCCUCUCCAAAUUUUACACUAGCAGGUCAUGAAAAAGGUGUCAACUUCAUCGAUUACUAUAGUGGUGUAGACAAGCCAUAUCUUAUUUCUGGAGCAGAUGACCGUCUUGUAAAAAUUUGGGAUUAUCAGAACAAGACAUGUGUACAAACUCUGGAAGGUCAUUUUCAGAGUGUGUCUUUUGUUAGCUUCCAUCCUGGACUCCCUAUCAUCAUCACUGGUUCGGAAGAUGGCACUGUUCGUAUCUGGCAUUCAGGCACUUAUCGGCUGGAAAGCACACUGGACUAUGGUAUGGAGAGAGUUUGGUGUGUGGCUAGCAUGCGUGGCUCCAGCAAUGUAGCCCUAGGGUUUGAUGAAGGCAACAUUAUUAUCAAGAUUGGACAUGAGGAGCCAGCAAUGUCUAUGGAUGCCAGUGGAAGAAUAAUUUGGGCCAAACACUCAAAGAUCCAGCAAGCUAAUUUAAAAGCUAUGGGUGAUGCUGAAAUUAAAGAUGGAGAACAACUGCCUUUAGCUGUAAAAGAUAUGGGAAUCUGUGAAAUAUAUCCACAGAAAAUUCAACAUAAUUCCAAUGGCAGAUUUGUUGUUGUCUGCGGAGAUGGGGAAUACAUAAUCUACACUGCUAUGGUAUUACGAAACAAAAGCUUUGGCUCUGCACAAGAAUUUGUGUGGGCACAUGAAUCAUCAGAGUUUGCAGUAAGAGAAAGCAACAGUGUAGUGAGAAUCUUUAAAAAUUUCAAGGAAAAGAAAUCCUUUAAACCUGAUAUUGAUGCCAAGGGUAUUCAUGGUGGAUUUCUUUUGGGAGUGCAAUCUGUUAAUUGUUUGGCAUUUUAUGGCUGGGACAAUACAGAGUUAAUUCAACAAAUUGAAAUCCAGCCUAAGCAUAUUUUUUGGUCAGACUCUGGAGAAUUUGUCUGCAUUGCUACAGAAGAAUCAUUUUUUAUUUUAAAAUACUUGGCAGACAAGGUGGCUUCAGCUCAAGAAUCAAAUGAGGGAGUUACAGAAGAUGGCAUUGAAGAUGCUUUUGAGGUUCAGGGUGAAAUUCAGGAAAUUGUUAUGACAGGUUUAUGGGUUGGUGACUGCUUCAUCUAUACUAGUUCUGUGAAAAGGCUGAAUUAUUAUGUUGGUGGAGAAAUUGUGACAAUUGCUCAUUUGGACAGGACUAUGUAUCUUUUGGGAUAUAUUCCUAAAGAUAACCGGCUGUACCUGGGAGAUAAGGAAUUGAAUAUUGUCAGCUAUUCCCUGCUAGUCUCUGUACUGGAGUACCAGACUGCAGUGAUGCGGAGGAACUUUAGUAUGGCUGAGAAGGUCCUUCCAACUAUUCCAAAGGAACAGAGGACCAGAGUUGCUUAUUUCUUGGAAAAGCAGGGUUUUAAGCAACAAGCAAUGGCUGUAUCAUCAGAUCCAGAGCAUCAGUUUGACCUUGCGCUGCAACUUGGGGAGCUAAAGAUUGCACAUCAGCUUGCAGUAGAAGCAAAGUCUGAACAGAAAUGGAAACGGGUAGCUGAGUUGGCUGUCAAUAAAUGCCAGUUUGGGCUUGCCCAAGAAUGCCUUCAUCAUGCCCAGGAUUAUGGUGGAAUUUUACUCCUGGCAACUGCUUCUGGCAAUACUGUAAUGGUCAACAGACUCGCAGAAGAAGCAGAAAAAGAUGACAAGAACAAUGUUGCAUUCCUCUCCUACUUCUUGCAGGGAAAACUUGACAAAUGUUUAGAACUUCUUCUUAAAACAGGACGUCUUCCCGAAGCUGCUUUCUUGGCACGUUCUUAUCUGCCAAGUCAAGUAUCAAGGGUUGUUGAACUUUCAAGCAUCUCUAAAGUGAACCCAAAUGUCGCAGAAUCCUUCUAAGAUCCAGAAAACUUUUUCCAGAAUUAUAUAUUUAUUCCUAAACAAUUUAAUACACAUUCUUUAGAAGUUAUUUUCAGCUUUAAUUUGCUAAUCUUAAGCAUUACAAGGUGGCAGAUUGGUUAGACCUACAUCUGAAGGAGACUAAGUUUAAACAGUGGCCACCAUCUGCACUAUAUAAGAAGUUUGCAUAUUCUCCUUAUGUCUGUAUGAGUGU